CUUAUCUUUUCAUUGCAUAAACAAACAACCCAAUACAACAUAAGUAAUACUAGGUAACAACUAACAACCAUCCAAACAAGCUAUAAACGACCAAAGGUACAUUGUAUUUGGUUUAAAGAAGAGGUUGAAUGCCAGUUGAAGAAUCAGUUCCCGCCAAGCAGAGAGGAUCAAGAGCUCUUCAACAACGUCUCUUUUCUCUCUUGCGAAGCUGCAAAUUCAUCAAACAGCUAACACAAAUCCACGCCCACAUUAUCACAAAUGGCUUUACCCAAAAAAACUUCAUUCUUGUAAGACUACUUUCUCCUUUCUUAACAUCUUACACUCUCAAAUAUGCCGACCAAAUUUUCCAUCAAGUCCAAAGUCCAAGUACCACUCUUUGGAACCAAAUUAUUAGGGGCCAUGCUCGUAGUGAAAACCCACAGAAAUCUAUUGAACUUUUUUGUGAAAUGGAAAAAUCAACUGCUAUGCCUGAUGGGUAUACAUAUUCCUAUGUACUUAAUGGUUGCGCAAAAGGGGGUUUAUUAAGGGAAGGUCAACAGCUUCAUGUGAAGAUUUUAAAGAAUUGGUCUUUGGUAAAUGUGUUUGUUCAGACUAAUUUGGUUAAUUUAUAUUCAACUAUUGGAGGGGAAUAUGGUGUUGAUGAUGCACAGAAGGUGUUUGAUGAAAUGAUCGAGAAAAAUGUGGUGACUUGGAAUUCAUUGUUAUUUGGGUAUUUUAGAAAUGGGGAUGUUGAUGAGGCUCUUAGAAUUUUUGAUGAGAUGCCGGAUAAGAAUGUCGUUUCUUGGACGUCGGUGAUUGCAGGAUGUACGCAGAAUGGAAGAUGUCAACAGGCAGUGGCUUUGUUCCGCUUGAUGCAAAGGCGCAAUGUGGAAUUUGAUCAGGUGACUUUGGUAGCUGUUUUAUCAGCAUGUGCUGAAUUGGGAGCUCUGGAUCUGGGGAAGUGGAUUCAUUCAAGUGUUGUUGAGCGGUUUAGGAAUGAGCCGGUGCUGGUGUCAUUGUACAAUGCACUUAUACAUAUGUAUGCUAGUUGUGGUGAAAUAGAGGAAGCUUAUAGGGUAUUUGAAGGGAUGCCAAGAAGAAACUUGGUUUCUUGGACUGGUAUGAUCACAGGUUUUGCAAAACAAGGGUAUGUACACGAGGCUCUUACUAUUUUCCAGCAGAUGGAAAGCUGGGGGGGAAACGAUGUUACGCCGGAUGAGAUAACGUUCUUGGGUGUUCUGUUUGCUUGUAGUCAUGCUGGUUAUGUCAAUGAGGGGUACCAACAGUUUAGAUGUAUGAAAGAGACUAGGGGUAUUGAGCCGAGAAUUGAGCACUAUGGAUGCAUGGUUGAUAUGCUAAGUCGUGCUGGACUUUUCGAUGAAGCCGUGGCGCUUGUUGAGACAAUGCCUAUGAAGCCAAAUGAGGCUGUUUGGGGUGCUCUUCUUGGUGGAUGCAAAAUACACAAAAAUGUGAGACUAGCUUCUAGUGUAGCUCAAAAAUUGGCUGUGGAACUUGAACCUGAUAGAGCUGCAGGCUACUUUGUGCUCUUGUCAAAUCUAUAUGCAACUGAUAAGAGGUGGCGAGAUGUUGUCAUCACGAGACAGAAGAUGUUUGGAAUGGGGGUGAAAAAGCCUCCAGGUCAAAGCAAAAUUGAAACUGAUGGUACCAUUCAUAAUUUUCUGUCCAGUGACCUGAGUAACAAGCAUGCUUGUUCAGUCUAUGAGAUGCUUGGUCUUGUCACUAGUCAAGCCAAAUUGCAAGGUUACCAGCCAAGUAUUUCAGAGGAGGAACUAAUUAUUUGAUGUAGAUAUGUGACAAGUUGGGCUCGCAUGGAGUGGAACAGAACUUCUUCUGCUGGAAUCAAGCGUUUGGAAAUUUAUCUGCCUCGUGCCGUUGAAUCACAUAUCCUAGUGAUUUGCUGGUGGAGAACAAUUUGCGUGGUCCAUCUUCUUCUCCUUUAGCAACUGAUGGCAAUGGAAAGUUUUCUUUUUGAGUUGGGAAUGUGGGUAUCUCCAAAUAACAAUAGCAAUGCGAGAUACAGUACUUAAAUAUCUCGUGUGGAUUAUGAUCGCAUGAUCACCCUUUUGCUAAAGAGCUGGUCAGUUACUGCUUUAUGCAGGUUUUCUUGAACUUGCGUGAGGAGUGAGAAAACAGUGAACAUCUUUACGUAAUGUAAAUUUUGCAGCAUGUUGUUGCAGUUGGGGAGAGGAAAGUUCUUGCUGAAAGAGCAGAGCAGCAAAAUAAUUGAACACUACAGAUAAUGUUCCAGCUCACAACGAUGAUGCGACAUACGCUACAUGUACAGUAAUUAUUGUAAACUUCUCCCCUUCUUUUUGAAUAUGCCCAGGGGUAAUCCAGCUACAAAUGAAAGAUUAAUAAAGCGCACUAUCUUCAUUCCACUUCCAAUUAGAUGUGUUAGGCACAGUGACAUUUGCCAAUCAUCUUAGAAAUCAAUUGAAAACAAAACUCAAGAGUGCUUAGUGCUUGGUCCCAGAUAGCAACACCUGAUGAACUGCCCAGCUAUGCACCCAGCUAGGCAUGAUCGCAGACAAACACAAACAGGGCGCCGCUUGCCUUAAGUGAGCUCAAAACGAUGAUACUAAUUUGGCUCUUAAAUGACAUAGGGGUAAGUUCAAGAAUGGUCCCAACGUUGGAUAUGAGUUUCUUGUAUAUUGCAUAUGUAAAAUAGCCUAUCUGGCGGAAUCCCUGACAAUUAGCUGACAAUACAUCAAUUUUUUCGGAGUGGAAUCAAGAAGUGAAGUGGCGACGUAAUGCUAUCGUGUAACCUCUGCAACAGCAUAGUUUUCCCGGACUUGGUCAUCAUCAAAAGCAACAUUUUACGCGUAGCUAGCAAGUAUUGGGGAUUAGAGGAAUUUCUAGUUGUCCCUGAAGGCAUCUCGUCUAGAUUUAUUACUGUAAUUCAAGUGCAAUACUAAACCAUAUUUAUCCUGGUUGUCAGACUGGUUAGUAAUAAGUAGUUGCAUUUGAGACAUUAAAGUCGAUAGUAGUUUUAUGUAAUACACGGCUCGUGCGAAUUCCUUUUUAUCUUUUUGGUUUAUGAGAAAAAAAUGAUUUAGAGUUU